AUGGUACUUGGAAAGGGAAAUCAGCUAUUUGGAAAAUCCAAAAAGAAAAAUGCUGAGAAGAGAUCCAGCAAUAACUGGGGAGCGUUUACAACAGGUGGCGAACAAACAAGUGUUAAAAAACCCACAUUAAAAUUCCCUGGACUUCGAAAAUCUGGAAACAAUCUAUCAAAGGGACUUGAGGAUUUGAAAUAUGGAGUUUUUGAACUUCAAAAGCUUGGGGAAACAGGAAAAAUUAGAUGUCUUGCCUAUGAUCCUAUCCAGAGCUUGAUGGCUGUGUGCACUGAUCUUAACCAUGUUACAAUAUUUGGUCAGGCGAGGGUUCGUUACACACUUCGAAUUGAUUCAGUGAAUGCAGUCAAGGCACUAAGAUUCGUUGAAGGCGUUUUCUUGAUUGCAGUUGAUGGUUCUGAUACGGCGAUACAUGUGAUUUCCCUUUUCUCCAGGAAAGUUGUUAGAACCAUUUCUACGAGGUAUCCAAUUACUGCCUUUGAUACAGACUAUUCAUUACAAUUUAUAUUUGUUGGACUAAAGAAUGGUGAUGUUAAAGCAUACGAUAUUGAAACAGGAAGACCGACAUAUCUUUCAAUUCGCAGCGAGCAACGGAAAAUGUUGCCAGGUGAGGUUGAUACCCAUGUUUGUGAUAUCAAGUUUCAUCCUCGAGAUUUUGGCACCAUCCUUAUAGCAUAUCCAAAGGUGUGCAUUAUAUUUAGUUUAAUUGAGGACAAAACUGUUCACACCUUUACAUAUGGUUUACCAAAGGCAGCACCAGGUGGACCAAAUGCCUCUUACACGUACAAUGCUGACGGUUAUUAUUACCCGAGUGUCACUCAUUGUCUUUGGCAUCCGAAUGGGCUUCACAUUGCUACUACAUAUGAUGACAAUUCUAUCGUGUUUUGGGAUGCUCAAACAGGUGAGAGAUUAAUAGCCAGAACGCUAUUUGAUAGCUAUGUUGAUAUUCCAACAGGCGAAUCACUUCAGCCUGAAGACGUGAAGAUGACUCCAAUUAAAAACAUUCAAUGGAUUUGUGGCUCAGAUCCAGAGAAAACGUCAUUACUUAUACUUGGAGGGGACUCAUACGUGAAUGAAGGAUACCAUCAGCUUGUACGCAUGGACUUCGGUAAAAUGAUAUCAUACUCAAUGUCCAGCUACAAGCAUAUGGCUGACUAUUAUGGUCAACCAAAACAGCAAAAUAUAUUUGCUAUACAUUCGAAAGCCGAUGUGUAUGACUUUAUUGCUCUCCCUCAGAAGUCCCCAUUUUUUGAUGGAAACCACAAUCCAACGUUAAUCGCCGUUGUGCUUACUGAUGGCUCGUUAAAGUUUCUUAACUAUCCUAUAGGUAAUCUUUCCUACGAGGCAUGCCGAUUUCCUUCCACAAUAUCUUGGCUAAACCCGAAAAUUACUUGCUCUUCUUCUUCAUAUUUGGACCGGAGAAUAUUGAACAGUGUCUAUGAUCCAUUUCCAGAAAAUCGAAGUAUCUUAAAAGGAGGAAUUCCAAGUAAACCUAAGUUCAAGGCAGAAGCUGGCUCAGUAGUUGUUACAGGCCAUGAAUCUGGCUUUAUUAGAAUCUGGAAUUCAUCCCAAGGGGAUCUUAAUAGUGGUGCCGUCUUAGAAAUCGAUUUAGCAGCAAUCCUUCAGAAUGACUCGCUCGAAUGCUCUGUGUCCAAAAUCUCAUUUGCUCCAGAUCAAAUGGAACUGUCAUGCAGUCUCUUUGACGGAACGGUUUUACUAUUUUCAUAUCAAGAAAAUAAACAUUAUAAGCCGGGUGCUGUCUCUGGAUUGACGAAUCAGAUGGGAAAUCUUGCUAUUGGGGAAGGUGCUAUUGUUAAUAUAAGUUCUAGGGCACCAUUAGACGUCAAACGUGGAUUUAUGCCCGUUUUACUCCUUAGACCGCUUGAAAAUGGCAAGGUUACUGCAUUAUGCAACAGUAAUGUUGGAUUCGUGGCCAUUGGCUAUGAAUCUGGAAGGCUUUUGGUUAUUGAUCGGCGGGGAAAUGUUGUUAUUUUUAACACUCUGUUAGAAGAAAAAGGAUUAUCGAUCGGGAUGUCACCAACCUCUAUACAAUUUGGGUUUGGAAGACUCAAUGACAGUUUAGAGAAAUGUACAGUGUUCAUGUAUGUUGGAACGUCUAUUGGUAGGCUAAUGACAUAUUCAAUUAAUUCAGAUUCAAGAGGCAGGUUUUCUGUUCAUGAAGUUAAUCAAUUGGAUACUAAUGACUCUGAUAUAAUUGAUAUAAUUUCAUUGAACUCAUUGACGGGAAGACCAUGCAGCCCUAAUAUGUAUCAAAUGAGCGCAAAUCCUACGGAAGUGGACCUUUCCACCCCCUAUAUUAUUUCCGUGUCGAGUUCAGAUAUUAGAAUUACAAAAGGGGAAUCGAAGGUUGCACAUAAAACCUAUAGCAAAGGUUCCAUAUCAAAAACAGGAAUUACUGGUGCCAAAACGGCGGAUGGAAGCAUUUCUUUCUGUCUAGAGGUCAUAAUGGCGAAAACAAAGAAAAGUGCGAUUUUGUCGCUUCCCACGCUUUCAGAGAUUUGUGUCAUUGGAUUACCAUAUAGAAUUGAUCCUGAAUAUGCUGUACAAAGUUCAAUUCUUCCACUUGGAGAUGCAUUUUUAAGGCUAUCGGAAACAGAAGCAGUACUAAUUAAUGUCAUGAAUCUAAGAAAGGCAAUUAGAGGGCCAGAAACCGAAAACCACGAUGAUGUUCUCUUUUUAAAGAACAUCAUGAUUCCAUCCAGACCUAAGGCUAACCAAUUACUUAAAGGGACUGCCUCUGUAACAUUUGAUGAUUUCUACAGACUGCUCAUGGGUGAGAAUAAAAAAGUGGUUAGUCAAUCAGAGGAAUCCAGACUUGCGUGGAACAUCUCUCCUUACAAUUCAGCAAAUUUCAGUAUUUUGGGAACAUCAAAACCCCAUUACUAUGAUCCAUAUGCAUUAAGCCAGCAUAUAGAGCUCAAUAAGUCUCCAAGAUCGAGUUACAAACCAGGUACACACAACUCAUGGAAUUUGGAGAAUUUGAAAAAAUAUGCUAACAGUGCAGUUGAACGUGGAACGGACAAAGUAGGAAAUUAUGUUAGCGAUAUGAACGAUGAUUUUGACAAAUUUGUGAGCCAGACAAAGAAGGAUGCUAUGAAAAGCAUAUUCAAAGGUGCCUUGAAUUAA